AUGGCACCGUCGGAGGCCCUGGCAGAAGUAACCGCACGUGGUGUGGUCACCCAGCCCACAGCAGAGCUGGACUUCCCUGCAACAGGGCACUCCCACCACGAGAGCCACCAGUCAAAUCCCUCCAGGAGGCUCACCGGCUCCGGGAACCAGCUGCUCAGACGAACAAGCCGAAGGCCCAGGGAGCCGGCGCUCCGAGCCUCCCGCCGGCUUUGGCGUCGGCUCCUCCCCGGCGGCCCGUCCCGGAGGAGGACUGGCGGGCACACCCACGUCCCGCCGCGCCGCCCACCCCGCGCGGGGCUCCCCUCUCGAGCCCCGGGCUGGGCUGUCACCGCGGUCGCCCGGUCGGGGAAAAGGCCCGGAGGACGGCUGGGCUCGCCCCCGCCCGGGGCUCCGCUGGGCGGCUGCUGGCCGGGCACCGGCUCCCCCGGGGUCCGCUCGCCGGGUCCGGGGGCGCCCGGCCGCUCCUCCAGCCCCGCCCCCGCCCGCUGCAAGGGCCGCCCCGGGCCCGGGGCCCGCCGGACGCCUCCGCCCCGGACGAGCACAAAGACGCGCGCCCGGCGCAGGGACCCCCGGCCUCCCCGCCCGUCGCCCGCGCUGGCAGGUGUCGCUCGGCCGCGGCGCCCGAGUCCCGCGGCCCGGCCGGCGCGGGCGGUGGGGAGGGGGCCCCCGCGCCGCCCGCUCCCUACCGGCCCCCUCCCGGUCCCCGCGUCUCACCUGCGCCCCCAGGCCGGCGCCCCGCUGCCCGGCCGCCGGCGCUUCCUGCUCGCGACUUCCUGGGGCGGCGCGCGGAGGCCCCGGCGGCCCUUUCACUUUCCUGAGGCAGCGGGGCGCCCGGCCGGGCGGUGGCGGCGGCGGCGGCGGCGGCGGCUCGGCCCCUCCCCCUCAUCCCCUCGCCGGUCCUCCCGCGGCCCCGGAGCGCACCCGGAGGCCCAGCCAGCCCCGGGGAGGCCGGGCGGGGACGCCGCCACGAGGAGACCCCAGGCCACCGCCGCUCAGGACUCCUCCCCGCGGUCCCCGCUCCUUGCACCUGCCUGCGGGCGCCCGGGCUUGAGUUCGAAACUGACCAAAGAAGAGCUCCCCAAGGACCCUUUGUCCUCAAGGUGUUAUGCUUGAAAUGACUGCACACAAGCUCAGGACGGAGCACAGCUGGGAUGUCACUCUGGACACUCUUUCUUGGUGCAGGUAGAUGAUAACUUUAAAGUCUUUUUUACAAUCACACAAAUUUCACAAAAGUUGAAAUUAUUUUUAAGAAUCUGACACUCUUCCUUUUCUUUCUAGGUGUAAUGUUGAUAUUUCUUGUGCGAAUCAAUAAAUGAAUUUCUAACCCA